UUUUUACUGUUCUAUUACCUACACAGCAUUAUUACUAUGUCUGGACGCGGCAAGCAGGGCGGCAAGGCUCGCGCCAAGGCCAAGACCCGCUCCUCCCGGGCCGGCCUGCAGUUCCCCGUGGGCCGCGUGCACCGGCUGCUCCGCAAGGGCAACUACUCGGAGCGCGUGGGCGCCGGCGCCCCGGUGUACCUGGCGGCCGUGCUGGAGUACCUGACGGCCGAGAUCCUGGAGCUGGCGGGCAACGCGGCCCGCGACAACAAGAAGACGCGCAUCAUCCCGCGCCACCUGCAGCUGGCCAUCCGCAACGACGAGGAGCUCAACAAGCUGCUGGGCCGCGUGACCAUCGCGCAGGGCGGCGUCCUGCCCAACAUCCAGGCCGUGCUGCUGCCCAAGAAGACCGAGAGCCACCACAAGGCCAAGGGGAAAUAAACAACAGAAUCUGUGGAAACUUCAAACCAAAAGGCUCUUUUCAGAGC